AGUUAUCUUUGGACGACGCAUACGGAAAUUUAUUUGGUAUAAGUACAAUGUCAUGUCUGUACCACUUCUUAUGAACUUUGUUUUGCUUACAAUACACAUAAACAAAUAAUUGGUUGUAGGCGCCAGUUACGAAAGAUGAUAUUCGAUGAUAGUUUUGUAUAAGUGGUCGUACGUUUUCUAUUUUGGAAAGUGAUUUGUUGGUGGUGAAUUAAAACAAAAUUUUCGGGGAAUUACUUUUUUUCAGCGCUAUUGACAUCGUUAUAAUAUUAUCUCUUGUUAAAAAUACCAACGUGUUACAUGUGUGAUUUCUAAAAUUUAUCUGAGCAUUAGAGUAUGUCGGACACGGAUGACGAAAGUUUGGACGUUACAUCGAGUAAAUUUGAUCCUUUAAAAGCGCUGUACGCUCCGAAGUUGCCACUCACUGUGCCAAAUGCACCUAUAUACGACAAUGUCUCUAAAUUUUAUUCGACGAAGCUUGCCCCAAAAAGAGAGCCAUCAAGGAAGAAGUGACUACACUCUAGAGGGUCCUUCCUGUUGGAAACUGAUCUACUCGGUACCAAAAGAAACAGAGCCUUCUACAUCAGGGGAACGGAAAUUUUUACCUCAUCAGAUGCCAGUGUCAGCACCAAGAUUUAAACGACCAGGGCGGACUGUGUUAACACGAAUGGAGUCUGUGAAAGGGCCCCUGGCUGUGUUGAGAGAGUGCGUUAACUCUCAAAUAAGGAUUAAGGUAGUUACGAGAAGUAUGAAUGGUAUCAGGGGUUACUGUGAGGCCUUUGUUGUUGCCUUCGACAGGCACUGGAAUUUGGCACUGAAGGAUAUACGUGAAGUUUGGACAAGAAAGAAGAAGGCUAAAGUACCUUCUAUUGGUUCUUGUGGUACACUGGUAGAAAGCACACCUGCAACGGGUCGGACUGUACUGGUUCUGAAAUCUGGCAAAAAAGAGGAGCUCCUUGAGCGACAUGUUCCGCAGUUACUCUUGAGGGGUGAACAUGUUGCCAUUAUUUCUGUUCUGCGCUGAUUGAUCAUAAUUUACGUUUCAUGCAGCUCCUGCCCUCAAGACUGCACAAAGAAUGUCUGUAAAGACUACUUGACUUUGGCACACAGAUGACUCAUGGCAAACAGAUGACUCGACUGCUGUAUAAUAUGCGAAAAUAUAGUAUUUGACAAUAAAGAAAAUUAUAUUUUGUA